AUGGCUGCUGAAGCACACAUCACUGAAGCACUACGGGAGGAAGAGGAGAGAAGACGCAAACAACUAGCUGAAGGACGCAACAAGGAAGAAAGACGUUUUAAUGAAAGAAUGGCUGCUGAAGCACACAUCACUGAAGCACUACGGGAGGAAGAGGAGAAAAGAAUGGCAGCAGCAGAACGGGAACGUCUUGAUGCUGCCAUAGCUAGCCGCUUGGCUCGCGACGGAGGUGGUGCUAUGAUGGAUACACCCACGACUAGCAUGUCAUCUGGAUCAUCGUCAGAUUCUACGAAACCAAAAGGAACGUAUGAUUUGUCGAACUGGAGAUAUGCUGAACUCAGAGACACGAUCAAUACAAGCACAGGUAGACUAUAGAU